UUUCACAGCUUUUUUCUUCUUCUCCAUCUCUACAUUUUUUUUUGGUUAAAAUGGUUAGCUAUUUUUCUUUCUUCGUUGUUCUCUCAAUCCUCGCCGUCUCGGCGAUCGGCGGUGAGGUCCUCUCCGUCGAAUCGGAGGGCGACAAUUUAAUCCGGCAGGUCGUGGAUGACGGAGGAGUCAACGAGGGAAGUAACGGGGACGAUCUCCUCCUCGGAGCCGAGCACCAUUUUUCGCUCUUCAAGCGCAAGUUUGGGAAGUCGUAUGCCUCCCAGGAGGAGCAUGAUCACAGGUUCAGGGUAUUCAGAGCUAAUCUGCGGCGAGCACAGCGCCACCAGGCCCUUGAUCCCUCUGCUACUCAUGGCGUCACUCAGUUUUCUGAUUUGACUCCAUCGGAGUUCCGAAAAUCGUUUCUAGGGCUUCGAGGGCCCCGUCUUGGCCUUCCUGCCGAUGCUAACAAGGCUCCUAUUCUUCCUAUUGAUGAUCUCCCAACCGAUUUCGAUUGGAGAGAUCAUGGAGCUGUCACGGAAGUUAAGAAUCAGGGUUCGUGUGGAUCGUGCUGGAGUUUCAGUACAACCGGUGCUCUUGAAGGCGCCAACUUCCUUGCUACCGGCAAACUUGUUAGCCUUAGCGAACAACAGCUUGUUGACUGUGAUCACGAGUGUGAUCCAGAAGAAAAAAAUUCCUGUGAUGCUGGCUGCAAUGGGGGGUUAAUGAAUAGUGCUUUUGAGUACACACUAAAAGCUGGGGGACUUAUGAGAGAGAAAGAUUACCCAUACACUGGUACAGAUCGUGGAACCUGCAAAUUUGAAAAGUCCAAAAUUGCUGCAUCAGUGGCCAACUUUAGUGUUGUCUCCCUUGAUGAAGAACAAAUUGCUGCCAAUCUCGUGAAAAAUGGCCCUCUCGCAAUUGCCAUCAAUGCCGUAUUCAUGCAGACUUAUAUAGGAGGGGUUUCUUGCCCUUACAUUUGCUCAAAGCAUUUGGAUCAUGGAGUCCUGUUGGUCGGCUAUGGAUCUGCUGGCUAUGCUCCCAUCCGCCUAAAAGAGAAGCCCUACUGGAUCAUUAAGAACUCCUGGGGAGAAAACUGGGGUGAGAAUGGAUACUACAAAAUCUGCAAGGGCCGCAACAUCUGUGGAGUCAAUUCCAUGGUGUCGACAGUCGCCGCAGUUCAUACUGCCUAGUUUAUAUGAACACACUGCCAUAUUUCCUGUAUAUAAUGCAACAUUAUCACUGUAUGGCAGAAAGUUAUGAACUGCCAUUUCAAGCUUAGAAUGUCUCUCUAAAAGUAGAAUGAACCCUUUGCUUUGUGUUGGUUUAGAAACUUGAAAAAGCAGCUUACUUAUCAUAUAUGCAUGGUUUAGUUCACGCUGUUGUAAGAAAGAAAUCUGCAUAUCUGUGUAUGUGAAUUGUGGUUGGCUCACCUACUGAACUUGAUGCCAUAUGAAAAAACCUCCUAUUGUAAAUGUCAAACGUUGAUGGCGAAAGAUGCGUUUCUGAUGUGUUGUCUCAA